AUGGACGCCACCCUCACCCCCAAGCAAAAGAAGCGACUCCACGAAGUCGCCGACCUCAUGCUCCAGAUCUUUCAGACGCUGGCCCGUAUGCGCUACCUCGAGCCAGAAUGGAUCGAGCCCGGCCCGCACGACAUCAGCGCGCUCAUGCCGCUCUACAAAUCCCUCAACAUCGACCCGGCCAUCAUCUACCUCUACAGCAUCCUCCCGUACCUCAAUGAGGCUGCCUACAGGCACGGCGUCGACUUUUACGGCGGCGGCGAGUUUGUCGACUUUCGCGACAGGGCAGACGUCGAGCAGGGCCGCAACCCGAUGCACGACCGCGAACCCGAGUGGAUGAUGCGCCCGUGGAUGACGCCGCUGUCGGCCAUCGGAAACCACUGCAUCGCGCUGCUGUAUGACGCGAAGCUGCAUGUCAUCGGCAUCUAUGCCCAGCUAGAUGUGGGUAGCUCGGAUCCAAAUUUGCACGAGGGGGCUAUUUUCUCCACUGAGAAUGAGGCGGGAGAACGGAUAUAUUUUAGGAAACGGGACGGGAUCGAGCAGCCCUGCGACGUGUCUGAGUGGGAGAAGCAAGCGAACGGGAGCGGUAAUGACAGUGAGGAUGAGGAGGAGGACAACGACGGCGAUGAUGAUGACGGGAACGAUGAUGAGGACGAGGAAGAAGAAGGAGGCGAGCAAGAUGAAGAGCAAGAGGAGGAUAUAAAUCACUGGGAUGAGAUGGACGCUAGGCCGGCUGGCAAGGUUCUGCGAGAUAUCAUCCGCUGGUACCACGAGCUGUUUGAGAUUCCGGGGGAUGGCGAGAGGACUGGGGACGACUGGGAUAGAGACCUCGUGGAGCCGAUAUAUCGCAAACACGGCUGGCCUAGGGAGGACUUUGACGGGGAUGCCUUCCUUGUGGAUAAAAUGCGUGCCGAGGCUAUUAAGUCGGCCAAAGAAGACGCAGAGGAACUCUUACAACAACAAGAAUCGCUUGAGGCCCAGCUAGAGUGGAACAAAAAGGGUGAGGAGUCGGCUAAGCUACAGAGACUCGAAAAGCUUGCCGCUACAACGACCGUCGACGAGGAGUGGGUUGUACGGUGGGAAAUCUGGCAGGCAGAACGGACGACCCGAAACCUGCAAACCAGACUGAAAGAAGUGGAAAGAUCAAUAAGUGCGGGUGGAGGCCGUUUGGUGGUCGAGGAUCUCCCAUUGCUGGAGCUCAAGCACGUGGAAAUGAAGUUGCUCCAGACAAAACAUGACUUGGAACAACAAAAGAAAGACGCGGUUGAUCCUCAGACGCGGGACGAAAUCCGCUCCCUCGAAAAACAGUUGGCGAUCUACGAGAAGGCAUAUACCGCCAGUUUGGCUGAUGCAGAACGUCUGUGUCCCGGAAAGGCCCCGUUGGAGCUAGAUCCUGGUGAAAAAACAGGCGGGUUGAAUUACAGAACGUGGUCCGAGGAAUUGGGGAGGAGAAUCGCGGAGGGGGAGCGGGCUAUGGCUGAGGUCCGACUUUGGAUAGCUCAGCUCCCAGAUGGCGCCGUCAAAGCGAGAACGCUUGCUGAGGACGCCGCUGAGGCGUUCAAGAAGUCCAUCGAGUCGUGCUCAAAAACGCGCCAGAACACUCUCGAUGAACUAGAGAAGCACUUGAGAGAAAGCUCGGGUCGACAUUCUUACUUUGACCAGACCAUGUCCCCGUCAACGAUUCUGGUCUCGGCACUCGCCCUCCAGGCCCUCACUGGCGCCUAUGCUGCGCCAGGUACGAAGCUAAAUGCCAAGGCAGUUCGUCCUGACGAACCUCCAGUGUUCGAUGCGAAGCCCUUCCCAACCAAUGGCACGGAGGAGCCCUAUAUCCCUCCUCACGUAGACUCGCCACACUUCCGCCUUUUUCUCGGCCCGGCGAGCGAGACGGGUGCUGCGGAAGGUCUCCAGCCCCUCGAGGCAGCCUACGACUGCUUCGUGGGCGUGCUUGGCUGGAACUCAACUGGCCUAUCAAUACGGGACCCCAGCGAGCCGUACUGGAAAACCGAAUUUUUCAUGCAGGCAGAGAUGGCCGGUGGCUUCAGCGGCCUCGCCCACUACGGCGUAGACACGGGGAGGGCCUGGGUGCAGCUACUUGACGGCGUGCUCACGGCUCCGAGCUUGACAGUGCACGAGCUGGGCCACGUGCUGCACUUCCACCAAGACAACAGUUUCUGGGGCGGCAUGGUCAACGCGCAGGCCUGGGCCGAAGCCGUCGCCAACUGGGUCGCCGACACGUACCUAACCUCGGACCUCUGCGCCGCAUCCCGGGCCAAGCACAACCAACCCAUCGGCCAAACCGUCUUCCACAUCUACCGCACCAUCGGCGACUCGCACCUGACCAUCGUCGACGCCACCAACACCCAGAUCGGCAACCACUACGACGCCUGGCCCUUCUUCCACUACCUCGUCCUCAACCCGGACAACUGGCACGGGCUCGGCCGCGACGCGGUGCUCACCCUCAUCCGCAGCACGCCCGCCGGCGCGCCCGACGAGACGCCCCUGCACGCGCUGGAGCGCGUCCUGGACGGCACGGCCACGGUGCGCGAGGUGGUGGCCCGCUACUGGGCGCGCAUGGCGUACGUCGACGUGGCGCACCCGCAGGCGCUGCGCGCGUUUGAGGAGAACAAGGCCUUCCUGCACAGGUCGAAUUUUGAUAAGGUCGCCGAGGGCCGGUAUAGGGUCAGGCCGGGGCGGGCGCCGCGGUAUAUGGGCGCGAGCAUGGCAGUGUUGGUGCCGGUGUCAGAUGACGGCGCGGGCACGGUGGCGGUUCAUGUCACGGCGGCGGAGGCGGGUGCGUCGUUGGUUGCUACGGUGGCUGUUCGUGAUACGGCGUCGGGCAGCGUUAGGUAUGUUGGGCUUGACGGCGGCGUGGGGUUGGUUGAUAUUCUGGCCGGGGAGGAGGCCACCUUGGUCGUGGUCAACGCGCCCGAGGUGCUGCUCAAGUACGAUGGAAACAAUCUGGCGGGUAGUGAGGCGAACAAGGGGCUCGACUACUCCUUUACUGUCAUUGGUGCUACAGUUUCCAUGUAUUAA